CAGCCUCGCUUUCUUUCUUCUUCUUACAACUGUCUGCUACUUUUUCACACACAAGACACACAAAGACUUAAACACACCACAUUUAUGGAAGAACAGCUGAAAAAGACUAUUGGCGAACUUGUCGUCAUCGCAAUUAAGGCCCGCGACUUGCCCAAUCGCGAGGUUGUAGGCAAACAGGAUCCGUUUGUCACGUUUCGACUAGGCGAAACGGCCAAGAGAACAAAGACGGACUAUCGUGGUGGUCAACAUCCCAUCUGGGACGAUCAGGUGAAUCUGCCAGUUCCCGAAGGCAAAACAACGCUGUACAUGCAGGUGUUUGACGAGGACGGCAGCCGAGAAGAUCUGAUUUCGGAGGGAGACAUUGAUCUGAAAAACGUGCUGCAGGAAGGCGAAGAAGACAAGUGGUAUCCGCUGAAGUAUCGGGGUAAAAAGGCGGGUGAGAUCUAUGUUGAGCUGACCUUUUACUCGGCUCGGCCUCCGCCUAAGCGCCAACCGACGCGGCUCUACAACAAGCGCCCAGCUGGCGCCGCUUACAACAAAUCACGACCCGUCUAUGCACCACCACAACAACAGCAGCAGCAGCAGCAGUACUUGAACAGGCCACCUCCAGUUCCGACGGAAUCCGCAUCGACCCCUGCACGCAUGACCGCCGGCCCUCCCAUCUAUCGACCCCCACCCCCGCGCCCUAUGUAUAACGCUCCCCACGAUGCCACACCGCACAUGCCACAAACAUUGACACCUUCCUCGUCUACUGGCACGGCAUCUUCUGCAGGUGGUGGUGGUAGUGCUUACACGACGCGUCCUCCCGGCAGUGGCCAUCACCACUCAUCGUCCCUCGGCGGAAAUGGAGGAUAUCCUCCCGUCUCUGCCGGUUAUCCGCCGUCUCAGCCCAUGGGCUAUGGUGGCGCGCCACUUCUUUCCUCUUCCUACAGACCAGCACCGUCGCCUGCUUUCAAUGCACCACCAAGCGGUCCUGCUCCUAUGGGCUUUCGUCCACCCGCUCCAUAUCCUCCCCAUAGCCAACCGGGCGCAUACCCACCUCCUCAGCCCACGCCUUCCAUGAGUUUCCCAACGCCGCAGCCUUACACUGCUGAGUAUACACCCCAUCACGACCAACACUCGGGCCAACCAUUCGCCGCAGCUCAUCAAGCGCCGUACCCUCCUGCUGGGCCACCGGGCGGCUACCCUCCUCCAGCAGCAGGUGGAGGCUAUCCACCUCAACAAGGUUAUCCACCUUACCCAGCCCAUUAGACAUAUCAAGAUCGACAACGGCAACACCAAUCCCCACUAUUCAUAUCCAGUAAUCUUAUCCUCCCCGCAUUGCACUCUUAUUAACCCAUGCAGUAUAGAAUAGCUGUUGUUGUCAUUGUUAUCACUGUUCCCCUCAAUCCUGCUACCAUGGUCGGCCAUGCACUUUCUUGAAAUACCUCACGUACAAUAUGAGCGAUGCGAUCACCUCGUAUCUCGCUCCUCAUUUCAUCGGGUGUAGAGUGUAUAAAGUUGCAUCUCCACCUCUUCCUGUAACAUAAUAAAUUAUUUUGUAAAAACA